CUCGAGCCUAGCCCUGAAACUUCAUAUCCUAUCCGGACCUAUGGCGGCGAUUUCCUAAGCAAGGCAGCACAGACUAAUGAAAGGAAGCCGAGCGGACCAGCCAUUCGCUGGGGACACCCUGCCGAUUGCAGCUGUCGUACAUGGAUCAUCACGCGCUGCACGGUCGAGGCCACGAUGCACGCUAUGCUUUGUACCAGCGAUUCGGCUUCACACCUGCAGAGCUGAGCCGGUCGAGCUUUGUCUUGACAUCGCAACUGCAUCAGUCCUGACUGCGAGCCUAUAUAGGCCACCAGACCUCUCGACCCGGUCACAUUGAAGUCACACCAUGACGGGCUACUUUGCUUCCCAGACGACAGCUCACUCUCGCACUCAGAGCUCGAUGGGUGCUCCUCGCAUCUCCUACGAGGACAUCACGCUAGCAUCGCCUAGUUCGACUGCAGUCGGCUCUCCUGACGAGGAAAAGUACCCGGGCGCGACCGCUGCAGACUAUGCAGACGUCGAGCACCACAAGCUAGCACUGCAGCAUCGCCUUGUCAGACUGGCUCGAGGCUUGCGACAUGAACGAUCCUUCAAGCGGCGGCCUGUGGUCUGGCUGGUUGCACUCGCGACCAUGGCAUUCAUCAUAGGCGCUGCCAGCACGAGCCAUGCCUCACGUAGGGCUUUCACACAGGCAUUGACCGACCGGACCCGCCAAGCUAUCGUACGUGCGGGUCUGAACACGCCUGGCUACACCACAGACGAAUCACGACAAUCCUGCGAUUUGUGCUCGGACGAUGGCAAUGAUGAAUUAUGUACGAAAUACGGCACGAACAACCUCAGAGCUGCGCUCAAUUACGAAGGGACGUCGACCAGGAUCCGACGAAUGCUCGCCAGAGCAGAAGCGGGCCAGGCUGUCAAGAUCGUCUUUCUCGGCGGCAGCGUCACGGCGGGUCACAAUGCAGAUGGGCCAGAGAAUGUCUAUACAGCUCGCUUCGAGCGAUGGUGGCGGAAGACGUACGCGAAUCGCAACACACAGAUCAUCAAUGCUGCCGUACCCGCAACGAGUAGCGCGUUCUUCUCUCACUGCUUCCAGGCCGUCGCUCCUGUCGACGCCGACCUCUAUGUCAUCGAUUUGGGCGUCAACGAUCCAGCGAGACUGUUAGACUAUACUCAGACGCACUCCGAGAACCUUUAUCGCACAUUGCUAUCGCUACCACACGAGCCUGCCGUUCUGACACUCAGUCUGCUCGCGCUCUCCUUCGAGACCAUUGCUUCUGGCGCGGGUCUGCACCUGCCUAUCUCUGUCUAUCAUGAUGUGCCUGUGGUCGCACCUCGCAACAUCUUGCUGCCUGCGAUCAACAGAAAGCCAGACGAGAUGGUCGAUCACUUCUUCAGAUCACCAGUGUCGGGCAAGACAGACCUGCGACACCUCAACAGUCGGGGCCACAAAGUGGCGAGCGAUUUGCUUCGCGUCUACUUUACUCGCCAGUCUUGCUUCUUGCGGAAGGGCUCCGAGACAAUCAGAGGCACAGGCUUCUGGUCUACCGAAGACUAUUGGUCACAAGUGCCAAGGCUAAAAUUGGUCAGCCAAUGGGACAACUAUCGUGUCGAUAAGCCUGUGCUGUCGACCUGCAAGCUAUUGACCGCCAGGUAUCCGGACUCGGUGCUCCUCCCGCAUUCGCUCGACGGCUUCUAUGCAUGGGAGUCAUCGCCCGAGAAGAAGUACUUUAUUGCCGACGAGCCAGGAUCGACAAUCUCGCUGCCCUUUACAACCGGCGCCCAAGGGAAUGUCUACCUGAACAUCUUCCGAAGCGCGACAUACGAUCUCGGACGAGUUCAGUGUUGGGUCGACGGUCACAGAGCACAUAGCAGGACGCUCUACGGAACGUGGGAUGCUGUGACGAACAGCACAGCCUCGGAGGUGGUCUACCAGACCGAGGACAUGGUACCGCCCGGUGAUCACCUGCUCAAUUGCGAACUUCUGCGGCCCACAGUGCAACACCCGGGCUCGCACUUUCGCAUUUCAGGCAUUGUUACAUCUUGAUUGCAUUCAUACGAUCUCGAGGCACACACACAGUCUCAGAUUGCUCCUGAGCUCGCUGGUCACUAUAGCACCUCGUCACAUCCGAUGCAUGCGCAGAUGGUUUCGAAGAUGCAGCAGCACAUGAGGCACCGGCAGAUGUCGUUCAUGCAUCCGCCACCUCUGAGUUCCUCGGCGACUUGCUGUUCGUUCUGCGACUCGUUGGCAGGCUGCAUCGUCAUCUUGAUGGCCUCAUUGGGCUGCUGGACCUGCGCCGU